AUGGACACGACGACCGGACCCCUUCCCGCGACCGUCCCCACGCGCCUCAUUGCACCAGUACCGCCACGCUACAACCUCCCCCGUAGACAUUCGCUUGCUCUACAGCGUACCUUGCCGCCCACCCGUCUCGUCUCGUCCGGUCCCUAUUGUUGCUUACCUUACCUUACCUCACCAUCCUCGACGCUUCGUCCGAACCUCGCCAAUUGCAUUGCGACAUCCUCAAGCCCGCCCCGCUCCAAACACUCCAGCCAGGCUCAAGUCUGUGACACGUCUGGCUCCAGCGCGCCCCGACAAGCCCAGCACACCAAGGCUCAGCAGCACAGGGGACGCUUCUGCUAUUUCGAAACGCCCGUCAUGGCGCGACUUGACUCUUCUACGGCCUCGUUGCCGCUCAAGUCUUUCUCCUCCUUCAAGACACUCGCUGCUGCUGCAUACAUCCUCACAUCGCUUCCCAUGGCUCUCGGUCACGAACACGGCGUCAGCCACAUCCAAGAGGGCGAGACCGUCUCGCAAGAACCCAUCGACACAAUACUAUGGAUUCAUAUCUUCAUCAUGAUGCUGGCCUUCGGGGUCAUCUUCCCCGUCGGCAUGGUCUUGGGCAUGACCAAGAACCGCUGGCAUGUUCCGACUCAAGUCCUCGGCUCCGCCCUCGCCAUUGUCGGAUAUUUCCUCGGCCACAUGCAUGGCGGAAGACAAUUCGUUGCCCAUAACGUCCAUGCCUCCUUCGCCAACUGGCUCAUGAUCAUCAUGGCCUCCCAGGUCGGCUUGGGCAUUUACCUCAGGCUGCAUCUCGAGAAGGGCAUCAACGGUCGUAUCCGCCGCUUCAUCAAGCCCGCCCACAGCAUCUUGGGCAAGGCCUCGCCAGUCUUGGCUUGGACGCAAUUCUUGUUUGGCGGCAUUACCUCGCUGGGUUUCUGCCAGGGCGACCAUCUCGGCCAGUGUUUGGCGCAUUUCAUCAUGGGUAGCGCCUUCAUUGCUUACGGAAUCAUCUUGACCCUGCUUCUCCUCGUUGGACAGCUGUGGGUGCGACGCAGUGGCCGAUCCCAGGAAUUUUUUGACAGCAUUGUUAUUGCGGCAUGGGGCUGCGUGAACACCUUUACCGAGCAUCGAUGGGGCACGGAGUGGGUCAGGAACGACUGGCAACAUACAACCAUGGGUAUUAUCUGGUGGUGUGCUGGUCUUGUUGGUAUCUGGCUCAGUCGGGACCGCGACGGAAACCCCAAGCGCAACUUCAUUCCCGGCUUCGUCAUUGGUGUCACUGGAUGGGCCAUGUCUGCCCAUCCCCAGGACCUUCCCAUCAGCGCCAUGACCCACAGCAUGUUUGGCAAGACCUUGAUGGGUGUCGGCAUUACCCGUGUUAUUGAGGUUGCCUUCGUUGUCAAGGACGGCGUUGGCGUCUCUGCCGAUGGACGCCAAACCAACAGCUGGCAGUUCAUUCCUGUCUUCCUUUUGUACGCCUCUGGCUUCCUCUUCAUGGGUGCCACUGAGGAGCAGAUGGAACUUGUCGCCAAUUCGGGUCUCGACCACGUGUCGUAUAUCCUUAUCCUCUACUCCUUCGCAUUCCUUCUCUUCCUUUUCACCAUGAUGCUCAUUCACCUGUUCGACCGUAACACCAACACCGAAGGCAAGGUCAACCUGGCGAAUGGCGUGCCCCUGGCCAACGGUCGCCCCGGUGAAACCCGUCAAGUGCGUGAUGCCGAGGAAUUCGAGCUCGAGGGCCUUAUGAGCGACGACGACGAUGACGAGGCCCGCAAAGGCCUGAAGGACGAAGUUGAUGACGAGGGAAGCCCUAGCAGCCCUAGCACUAUUGGAAAGAACAGUGACAGAGUGGCGCGGUGA